GUUGCCGGCCGGCUACGGCGCGAUGUCGGGCGGCGCGGCGGGCGUUCCUAAGCCUCUCCCGUCCUCCGGGCCCAAAUCGCUGCGGGAGAUGCCGCAUCCUCUGGCCACCUCCAGCAGCGAGGAGAUGGGGCCGGCGCUCACCCCCAGCCCCGACCUGCUGCUGCCCCGCAGCAUCGCCGACAAGGAUCUCAGUCUACCCAAUGGCACACCAGUUGACACUUCUAGCCCAGCCUCCUCCUCGUCUCUUCUCAACAGACUGCAGCUGGAUGAUGACUUGGAUGGGGAAGCAAAAGACUUGUUUGUUACUGUUGAUGAUCCCAAAAAACAUGUAUGCACAAUGGAGACUUACAUCACAUAUAGGGUUACAACAAAGACCACUCGAGCUGAGUUUGAUUUGCCAGAAUAUUCUGUUCGCCGGCGGUACCAAGAUUUUGACUGGUUGAGAAACAAGCUGGAAGAGUCUCAGCCAACACAUCUCAUUCCCCCACUUCCUGAGAAAUUUGUGGUGAAGGGCGUUGUUGAUCGCUUUUCUGAAGAGUUUGUGGAGACCAGGAGGAAAGCAUUAGACAAAUUCUUGAAGAGAAUAACUGACCAUCCGGUGCUUUCUUUCAACGAGCAUUUCAACGUAUUUCUCACAGCCAAGGAUCUUAAUGCGUACAAAAAGCAAGGAAUGGCAUUGCUGUCAAAGAUGGGGGAGUCAGUCAAAUAUGUCACGGGAGGUUACAAAUUAAGAAGUCGUCCACUGGAGUUUGCAGCCAUUGGAGAGUAUCUAGACACAUUCUCUCUAAAACUCGGUACCAUUGACAGGAUAGCACAACGGAUUAUCAAGGAGCAGUUGGAAUACUUGGUGGAAUUACGAGAAUAUGGACCUAUUUAUUCAACCUGGGGUGGGCUGGAGGUUGAGCUAUCAGAGCCACUGGAAGGGGUGUCUGCAUGCAUUGGGAACUGCUGCACAGCUCUUGAAGAGCUCAGUGAAGACAUGACAGAUGACUUCCUGCCAGUGCUUAGGGAAUAUAUACUGUACUCGGAGUCAAUGAAGAAUGUAUUGAAGAAGAGAGACCAAGUUCAAGCAGAGUAUGAAGCAAAACUGGAAGCAGUAGCCUUGAAAAAAGAAGACCGUCCAAAGGUACCCACAGAUGUUGAGAAAUGCCAAGACCGAGUAGAAUGUUUUAAUGCUGAUCUGAAAGCAGAUAUGGAGAGAUGGCAGAACAACAAGCGGCAAGACUUUAGGCAGCUGCUGAUGGGAAUGGCAGAUAAAAACAUCCAGUACUAUGAGAAGUGCCUUACAGCAUGGGAGUCAAUUAUACCACUAUUGCAAGACAAGCCAGAGACCAAAUAAGAAGUACUUUCAUGGACAGUCUGGCACUUCUGUGCUCAGUACCACUAGACAUACUGGAACUCCAUGAAGGUCUCUUUUUUUUUUUUUGUCAACUGAGAGAGAUGCUGGCUGUGCCCAGGCUGGAACAGACCCUCUGAAGACUAUUUGACUUUUUCCUCAUUUUCUGUUUAAACUGGGGUAUGUUUCAUCUUUUUGAGUUAUCUUGAAUGGUUCCUUCUCUAUCCUAUGGAGUGACAUGGGGCUUAUAGUGAAAGUGCAUGGGGAUCUUGAUAAAACUUACCUCUUUAGCCUGGAAGGAACUGAUGAGUAGAACACUAAAAAGAUGAAAAUAAAACUCUACUGCAAGGUGCCAAAAUGACAUCUUUAUUACUGUUCUGUUUUGUUUGCUAAAAAUAUAAUUAUUUCCUAACCAACCCCUCUUUUUUUUUUUUUUUUUUUUGAUGGAGAGGGGAAGACUGGAAGUGAAUAUCUCCUGUUUUGCUACCACCUGUAUGCUCCCACUGGCUAAAAUGCCUUCUGGAGAGUUUCCUGUGUGGGAGUUGGGCUGGUCCUAGGCAGAGCAUACUGACACUACCUACACAUAGCCUGUGAUACAAGCAUGAACUGUGUUUUUUUCGUGAGUGUAGCAUGCUGUUGGUUCAUACUAAAUAUCUUUGUUUACCUUGGUGAUUAUGAAGUAAUGUCAGUUGGCUGAAGUGUACUUGUGACCGAGUUGGGGAUCAAAAUCAUCCCGGGUGUCCACGGGGAAAGUUGGAAGCAAGUGUGAGUUUUCAGUGUAUUUUUUCUAAAACUUGCUCUGAAAUAUGUAUGGCAGAAUUCUCCUGAUCCAUGCCUUGUUUUCUGUUUGAGUUUUUUUUUUUUCCUCAUCUAGAGCCUUUUCAUUAAUAAUCAGUUAAGGUGCCUGCUGUGGUAAUGGUAGAACUCUCUCCCUAUUUUUGUUUGUUUUGCAGUUGCAACUAAAAAGCCAAAAAGUGUGAAAUGCUUGACCAUACCAAGCAUCAUUGUGUAUGUGUGAAACUUGCCUUAAACAAGUCAGUGAGGCUUAAUAGGUACACAUAGUGUCCAUGCCUAUCUCUUCUGAACCCCGUGGCAAGUGUUUUAAGACCUAUUCUGGUACAAAUUAUUUUUUAGUAGUUUCUUUUGGCCUUUAGCAAUGUAGCUGCUUCUGCAAAUCCCUUUUCUUUUCUCCUGCAGUCCAGCCUCAAUUAAAUGCCUGUUUGGUGUUGAUAGCCUUAGUAAAAGGGGUGCUGCCAUGAUGAGAAUCAGAGUUGCGGUUUAACAGCAUGUGGAUAAACCCUCUUUAUCCAUUCAAAGCGAGGAGUCUUGGGAUUAAUAUCAGUGAAAUUCUGGGAUUUGGGAAAAAAAAAAAACAUUGAGUACUUACUGCUAAGCUUGAGUGAUCACUUGGUCUCUGGCAACAUUCUUGCAAAGAAUCUGAAGGAUAACUGGGUUGAUGCAACUUCAGAUUGGUACCUGACAGGAGAACACAGAUUUGGACUCCUAAGCACCAAGUAUAUCUGACCCCCACCCCUGCAGUGGCUACUGUGGCCUGCAUAGCAACAGUCAAGAUAGUAGCUGUCAGGCUAAUGAAAUUAUACUCUCCAGAUGCAAAAGUCAAGUUUUUAAGACACGUUAAGUGGUUUAAAUGGGUUUUCCUUUUUUGACUUAACCUCCAUUGGCAGUUCUGUGGUAUUAAACAAGCUGCUUUCUGGUUUAAGUUCACAGUUUAUCAACUUAGGUGGAUUAACAUCUUGAGGUUGUUGUUGGGUUUGGAACAACUAACAAUGUUUGCUGUUUGAAGGGAGUACUUGAAGAGAUAAGUCUGGUGUCUUCCUUUGUCUUUCCCCUCCAAAAUAAGCCUCUAAGUGCAUAAACUUUGUACAGUUUGACCUUCGGGGUUACAGUCAAUUCUUGUCUUCUCUAUUUCCCACAAACAGAUUAUCGUGCUUUUUUGAGCUGGUGCCUGUGUGGUAAAUGAAGAUUUUUAGUUCACUAUGAAACAUCACUGGAAGUCAAGCAGAGCAACAUUGGAAAUAGUAUUUAGAUGUUCUUUCUUUCACCUCAUCAGGAAUGUGCAGGAUGAGUGGAAAGGAUGCUGUUUUGCUGCGUUAAGUUCUGUCUGAUACCUUAUAACACUGGCAUUCUGUUCCCAUUCACUGUUGUGCCAAACUGAGGUGGGGCUCCGUUCUGGGGUAUUUAGUGAUGGACAUCACAGCCAUUCAUAAGCGCAAGAGGCAGUGGGGAGUUCCAAGUCAAGUCUGAGUAACUUACUGCUGGAGUGGUUCAAGAUCAGCUUAAACUUUUCUAAGCUUGAUGCCACUGCUUGGUUUCUAAACAACUACAUAGUCAAAGCAUAUUUUUAUUUCAGAUAAAUCCAAUUCUGAUUGAGCUGUUAAAAGGUGGGUGUACCUUUCCUACACAGAACGUGUGGCUCUGUAGCACCUACAAGCUAAUUUGGAGGAAAGGCUGUAACUUCAGGUUGUGAUCCCGGAUUUCUGUGGUACCAGGAUUUUUUUAUUAUCUAGAAAAUGAUAACCUCUGACCCUGCAGGGGAAGUGAAACUUAACAUUCAUAAGAAGACCUCUUCUGCAAGAGUUGCUGCAGUGUAAGAAGGGUGUGUAGUGGUGGACCUGCUAACUCCCAUGGACUACUACAGAGGCUCUAUGAAAGAAAGAGCUGAUACUGUAAACCACUGGGUAGCUGUGUGAUGUUUGGGGAAGAAGUGCAAGCAGGGAGAACAAAGUAGCAGAAACUUCUUAAAGAUGUAGUUUACUUAUUUCACUACUGUUAGUGAGAGGUUGAGAUAUGAACUGUUAGUAAAAUUGGCAUGGCCUGUAAUCCUUUAUAUGAUGGAUAUCUCUUUCUUAGGAGGACCCAAACCCUGAUAGUGAAAAAAGUGAGAUGCUGGGAAAGGGAAACUGGAGGAAGGCAGGAGCUUAGUCUUUGAGUAACUUCCUGAGUGUUCAGUCACUUAUGGUCACCUUCUGUGCUUGCACUGAAAUAGUGUCAAAAGUGGCUGCACCUUUCCAGUGAGCCCACAUAAGUUGAGUCAUUCUCAACAGCUCUUAGGUCAGCCUAGCUUCCUUCAUCAUCUGCAACCAGACCAGGACCUGUCUCAGAGGAUGUAAAAUUCACUGCUGUCCUGGUUACUCCUACAGAACCUCUAGAAUGUUUGUUCCUUCUCUAAACUGGCACCAGCACAAUAAAGCAAGCACUGAGAUAUUGUUUUUUGUACUCAGUAAGGAGCCAUGCAUUGUUCAUACAUGUUUUUAUCAGGUACUGACUCUUGCAAUAAACAAUUGUUGAAACAUCUCAUGGCUUUUUCAGGUAUCCAUUGAAAAACAAAAUGUUGAUAAGUGUUAGCUGUUCAGUCAUAAAUGUUAUCAAAAAAUAAACUGUGGAUUCUUCAGA